AUGUCAGGGGUGUUUGUAUGUAGAGGAGAUGGAUGCAGAACAGCAGAAGCAGAAACAGCAGCAGCAGCAGCAGCAGCAGCAACAGCAACAGCAACAGCAACACAGCAGCAGCAACAACAACAGCAGCAACAUUACCACCAGCAACAACAGCAGAAGCUGGAGCAGCACCAACAGCAGCAGCAGGAGGAGCAGCAGCAGCAGCAGCAGCAGCAACAGCAACAGCAGCAGCAGCAGCAGCAGCUAAGUAAACGAAAAGCAUUAUAUUGUGUUACGGUUCAAUUAAAAGCUGCAACAGCAGCUUAUAAACCAGCAGCAGCAGCAGCAGCAACUGCUGCUGCUGCUGCUGCUGCUGCUGCUGUUGCAGGGGUCCCUGCAUUGCUGCAACAGCAGAUUGUGCUGCUGCAGCAUUUGCAGCAGCAACUGCCCCCUUAUCUUCAGCAGCAGCAGCAGCAGGAGAAGCAGCAGCAGCAGCAGGAUCUGUUGCUGCAGCAGGAGUUGCUGCUUGCGGUGCUGCCGGAGCAGCAAUAG